AUGAAGCACCACAAUCAUCCCCAAAACGACGUUGCCGUCUCCUCCUCCGAUGCCGUCUCCGCCUCCGCGGCGGAGCCCCUGCCCGCGCAUCGGGCAUCGGACAAGCCGUCCAUGGCGGUGGAGGAUCCGUCGCGAGACGCCUCGUCUUCCGCCUCCGUCGCCGCCGCCGCGUCCGCCGACUCGGUGGUGGUCGAGCGGCGGGGGGAUUACUCGGCCCUUUGCAAAUGGACAAUCUCCAAUUUCCCCAGAAUCAAAUCGCGGGCACUCUGGAGCAAGUACUUCGAAGUGGGGGGCUUCGAUUGCCGCUUGCUAGUCUACCCUAAGGGUGAUUCGCAGGCGCUCCCCGGGUAUUUGUCUAUCUACCUGCAAAUCAUGGACCCUCGGAACACGGCCUCUUCCAAGUGGGAUUGCUUUGCGAGCUACCGUCUCGCCAUUGAUAAUUUGUCGGACCCCUCGAAAUCAGUGCACAGGGAUAGCUGGCAUCGGUUUUCUUCCAAGAAGAAGUCCCACGGCUGGUGCGAUUUCGCCUGCCUUAAUUCUCUUUUGGACCCCAAGGGCGGAUUCUUGCAUUCGUUGAAUGAUUGUGUUCUUAUCACUGCUGAUAUAUUGAUACUUCACGAGUCAUUUUCAUUCUCCCGUGACAACUACGACCUGCAGGCGAGUAAUGUGUCUAGUAUGGGCGGGGGAGGGGUUAUUGGGCCCGUGGUCGGGGAUGUAUUGAGUGGUAAAUUCACUUGGAAAGUGCAUAAUUUUAGUUUAUUUAAAGAGAUGAUUAAAACGCAAAAGAUAAUGAGCCCAGUUUUCCCAGCUGGGGAGUGUAACCUGCGUAUUAGUGUCUAUCAGAGUGUGGUGAAUAGCGUGGAGAAUUUGUCCAUGUGUUUGGAAAGCAAGGACACCGAGAAAAACUCGUUGAUGUUAGAUAGGAGUUGUUGGUGUCUGUUUAGGAUGUCAGUUUUGAAUCAGAAGCCGGGCAACGGUUCAAACCAUGUCCAUCGAGAUAGUUAUGGGCGGUUUGCUGCAGACAACAAGAGUGGGGACAAUACCAGCUUGGGGUGGAAUGACUAUAUGAAAAUGUCAGAGUUUAUGGGUCCCGAGUCUGGGUUCUUAUUGGACGACACAGCAGUUUUCAGCACAUCCUUUCAUGUUAUUAAGGAGUUGAGUAGUUUCUCCAAGAGUGGAACCUUGAUUGGUGCGAGGAAUGGAGGAAAUGUUCGGAAGUCUGAUGGGCAUAUGGGAAAGUUUACUUGGAAGAUAGAAAACUUUACUCGGUUGAAGGAUCUUUUGAAAAAGAGGAAGAUUACUGGGCUUUGCAUUAAAAGUAGGAGGUUUCAAAUUGGGAAUAGGGAUUGUCGCCUUAUUGUUUACCCCAGAGGGCAGUCUCAGCCUCCAUGUCACCUUUCAGUGUUUCUUGAGGUUACGGAUUCACGAAAUUCUAACAGCGAUUGGAGUUGUUUUGUCAGCCACCGCUUGUCAGUAGUGAACCAGAGAAUGGAAGAGAAGUCUGUCACCAAAGAAUCUCAAAACCGCUACUCAAAGGCUGCAAAGGACUGGGGUUGGCGCGAGUUUGUGACGCUGACUAGUCUGUUUGAUCAGGAUUCUGGAUUUCUAGUCCAGGAUACUGUAAUCUUUUCGGCUGAGGUUCUUAUAUUGAAAGAAACAUCUGUAAUGCAGGACUUCACUGAUCUAGAAUCUUACUCCAUGAACAACUGUUCACAUUCGGAUGGAGCUGGAAAGAGGAGUUCAUUUACAUGGAAAGUGGAGAAUUUCUUGUCCUUUAAGGAAAUAAUGGAAACUAGAAAAAUAUUUAGCAAAUUCUUUCAAGCCGGAGGAUGUGAGCUUCGGAUUGGAGUUUACGAGUCUUUUGACACGAUAUGCAUAUAUUUGGAGAGUGAGCAAUCUGUUGGCAGUGAUUCUGAUAAGAACUUUUGGGUCAGAUACAGGAUGGCUAUUGUGAAUCAGAAAAAUCCAUCCAAAACUGUGUGGAAGGAGUCUUCCAUUUGUACAAAGACGUGGAACAACUCUGUUCUUCAAUUUAUGAAGGUAUCCGACAUGUUAGAAGCUGAUGCUGGGUUUCUGCUGCGCGACACUGUCGUUUUUGUUUGUGAGAUCUUGGAUUGCUGCCCGUGGUUUGAGUUUUCAGAUCUGGAGGUUUUGGCUUCUGAAGAUGAUCAAGAUGCUCUGUCAACAGACCCCGAUGAACUUAUUGAUUCAGAUGAUAGUGAUGGUCUGAGUGGAGAUGAAGAAGACAUCUUCAGAAAUCUCCUGUCCAGGGCUGGGUUUCACCUAACUUACGGAGACAGUUCUUCUCAACCUCAGGUUACUCUUCGAGAGAAACUCCUCAUGGAUGCCGGUGCUAUAGCUGGUUUCCUUACCGGUCUCCGUGUUUAUCUCGAUGACCCAGCUAAAGUGAAACGUUUGCUGCUCCCGACAAAGUUAUCUGGCAGUAGUGAUGGUGCGAAAACUAACAAAAAUGACGAGUCUUCACCCAGCUUGAUGAAUUUGUUAAUGGGGGUCAAAGUUUUGCAACAAGCAAUCAUUGAUUUACUUCUAGAUAUAAUGGUCGAGUGUUGCCAACCCUCAGAAGGGGGCUCGAAUGAUGGCUCCAAACCUUCCCUGGAUGGCAGUGGAGCUAUUAGUCCGCUGGAAUCUGAUGCAGACAGCGGAGUAACUGAACCCUCAAACCUCUCUGCGGGUGAGAGAUUUGACCUUGAUGCGGGCAAUAGUGUAUGUACUUCAGCUGUACAAAGCUCCGAUGCAAAUGGAGCUACCAUGCAUGUAAAAACUGUUCCCAGUCAGCCUACUUCUCCCCCAGAGACAUCUGCUGCUGGUUCAUCCGAAAACCCUUCUCUUCGGUCUAAGACCAAGUGGCCAGAGCAGUCGGAGGAGCUUCUUGGUUUGAUCGUGAACUCCUUGAGAGCUCUUGAUGGUGCUGUCCCGCAAGGUUGCCCCGAACCAAGAAGGCGGCCACAGUCUGCUCAGAAGAUUGCGCUCGUAUUGGAUAAAGCUCCGAAGCAUCUGCAAUCAGACCUAGUCGCAUUAGUUCCAAAGCUAGUCGAGCAUUCAGAACAUUCGCUUGCUGCUCGUGCACUUAUGGAUCGGCUCCAGAAGCCAGAUGCAGAGCCUGCUUUGCGCCUGCCGGUUUUUGGAGCACUAAGUCAGUUGGAGUGUAGCACUGAAGUAUGGGGAGAUGUUCUCUUUCAAUCUUUUGAGCUUUUGUCUGAUUGUAAUGAUGAACCUCUUGCAGCCACGGUGGACUUUAUAUUUAAAGCUGCUCUACACUGUCAACAUCUUCCCGAAGCUGUGAGGUCUGUACGGGUGAGGCUAAAAUAUUUAGGCACGGAAGUCUCUCCUUGUGUUUUAGAUUAUCUGUGCCGGACUGUAACCAGCUGUGCAGAUAUAGCUGAAUCUAUUCUUCAGGAUAUCGAAUAUGACGAUGAUUAUGGAGAUAACAUCUCACCAACCCACUCUGGACUUUUUGUAUUUGGUGAAAGUGGUUUAAGAUAUCAACCAGGGGAGGAUGAUACUGUACAGUCCCAUUUUUCGGAUAUAUACGUCUUGAUCGAGAUUUUAUCCAUACCUUCUCUUGCUGUGGAAGCUGCCCAAGUUUUCGAGAAAGCUGUAACCCGUGGGGACUUUUCCCCACAGGCCGUGGCUGUGGCUCUGGAAAGACGCCGUGCGAGAGGAAUCGAUUUUACCACACAGUAUGCUGCUGAGAAUUAUCAGCAGCCGGACAUCAUUACUGAAGGCGAAACAAUUGAACAAGUGAGUGCACAAAUUGAUGACUUCACUUCACUUCUUAGUCUUGCCGAGACAUUGGCACUUUCCACGGACUCACGGGUGCAGGGGUUUGUAAAGAUUCUCUACACCAUAUUGUUCAAACAGUACAAGGACGAGCCUCGUAGACUAAGGAUGCUGAAGAGGCUCAUUGACCGUGUCACGGCCGCUUCUGAUUCCAGCCGUUACCUUGAUUUAGAUGUGGAGAUUUUGGCAGUCUUGAUGUGUGAGGACUUGGGGAUGGUCAGACCCGUUCUCAACAUGAUGCAUGAGGUUGCGGAGCUUGCAAAUGUCGACCGAGCUGCUCUCUGGCAUCAGCUAUGUGCCAGUGAGGAUGAUCUUCUGCGCCUUCGUGAAGAAAGAACAGCUGAAGUAGCUGUUAUGUCCAAAGAAAAAGCCGCCCUGUCUCAAAGGCUGACUGAAUCCGAGAGUAGUAAUAGCCGUCUCAAGUCUGAAAUGAGGGCUGAGACAGACCGGUUUGCUCGGGAAAGAAAAGAGCUGAUGGAGCAGAUACAGGAAAUUGAGUCUCAACUUGAGUGGGUCCGCUCUGAAAGAGAUGAUGAGAUCACAAAGCUUUUGGGUGAGAAGAAGGUUCUUCAAGAUCGUCUUUAUGAUGCAGAAUCACAGCUCUCCCAAUUGAAAUCACGGAAACGUGAUGAAUUGAAGAGAGUAAUGAAGGAGAAAAAUGCUCUAGCUGAGAGGUUAAAGAGUGCCGAAGCAGCUCGAAGGCGUUUCGAUGAAGAGCUGAAGAGAUUUGCCACGGAGAACGUAACUCGGGAGGAAAUACGACAGUCGCUCGAAGACGAAGUCCGUCGGCUCACACAAACGGUUGGCCAAACGGAAGGUGAAAAACGUGAGAAGGAGGAACAGGUUGCUCGGUGUGAGGCUUACAUUGACGGCAUGGAGUCAAAAUUGCAGGCCUGCGAGCAAUACAUUCAUCAUCUGGAAGCCCAGCUUCAAGAGGAGAUGUCACGGCAUGCACCUCUGUAUGGUGUGGGCCUUGAAGCCUUGUCCAUGAAGGAGCUCGACACCAUAUCUCGUAUUCAUGAAGAAGGGCUCAGGCAGAUUCAUGCCGUCAAACAGCGCAAGGGGAGUCCAGCUGGCAGCCCUCUCGUGAAUCCCCACACACUUUCUCACACGCACGGACUCUACUCUUCCAACCCUUCCUCGAUGGCCGUGGGGUUACCACCGACUCUCAUCCAGAACAGUGUCGGAAUCCACAGCAACGGGCAUGUGAACGGUGGUGGGGUCGGCCCGUGGUUCAACCACUAG